GCGGCAGUCAUCUCAGGGACCUUCAUUGGACCCCUUCCCAGAACUGGCGGCUGAUACAUGACCCAUGAUGGUGGUUGGAUAGAGAUAUCGAAGGGCUACUCCGUGGCAGUAGUAGUGUGAUCAAUACGUGACUAGUCGAUGCACGCGAUGUGAUGUGUAUGUUGGGCAAGUGACUGUAAUGAGAGGUGCUGUGGUGAUGUGGUUGUGAGUGGUGGAGGCGGGAGAAAGAUGUGGCACAGGGUCAAAGAGCGUGCCAAGGAUGAGAAUCUGGGGAAACAGAAAGUCGAGGAGCCUUCCCUGCAGACACCGUCAGAGAGCGUGAAAAUCGGACAUUCAAGCUUGAGGCUGGAAAGCUUCAGUAAACUCUGCUGCCACGAGAUAACUUCGAGAACUCCAGCUCACGACCUUUGUGAGCCUCAAACACCCAUCGUCAACCUCCCAAACCAUGAGAGAAAUAAGAUGAGCUCCCCGUCCGCUCCAGGCGGUUCUGCACCACCACAAUCAUCCACCCGGAGAUCUUCACGCUGGUCGCGCCGUAACGUACAUUUGCCACCAUUCUCCCUCGUACAACAGCUGUAAACUAAUCCUUUUCCGACGAGACAGAAACUCAGAAAUGGCACAUUUAUAUUGCCUUCGACCGGCGAACGAGUGCGACGCCAAAUAACCCUGAGAAAUACGGCGGGUUUUGAGGCUCCAUCCUCUGCUCCAUCAGCUCGCUCAGAUGGCCUCCUCCCUUUGCGCCGAACCUACUCGCGAGCUGGCACCUUUCGAUCCGCGGUUGAUAACACGAAAGACUCAAUUAGGGAAUUAUGGCAGUGGUUUCAGACCCCCAUGGGCAAGGGUGUACUCAAAUGCUCAAUGGCAUACUUGAUCGGGAGCAUGGCUACAUUUCUCCCAUCUAUAGCGAAUUUUCUGGGAAAACAAGAUGGGAAACAUAUUGUCGCUACGAUUACCGUUUAUUUUCAUCCAGCAAGGUCAAUAGGGUCGAUGGAAGAGGGUGCGUUGUUAGGACUGGCCGCCUUUUUCUAUGCAACGUUCAUUUCCAUCCUGAGUAUGGCUGUGGCAGUAUACUUUGAGUCACAGCUACACCUAAUAAGUGUGGCUUAUGUUCUCAUCGUUGUCGUGUUUUGCGGAGGUGGUCUUGGACUGGUCGGAUGGACGAAACAAAAGUUCAAUACGCCCUUGGUCAGCGUCGCAGCCAGUACCACAAGUAUUGCCAUCAUUACAGUUCUUACCAAGGAAAAUGCUGUUCAAAUUGGAGUUUUUGAGGACCAGAAAAUUAUCCAAGUGAUGAAGAUGGUCAUCAUGGGCUUGUCUACAUCUUUUGCCGUCUGCAUGUUGAUAUGGCCAGUUUCAGCUCGUAAAGAACUCAAGGAAACCAUGAUUAGGACGACAGACUCGCUUUCGAGCAUGCUCUCAAUUAUUACUCGGGGCUUCCUGAGUGGCUCUGAGACUGACAUGCGCUCAUCCUCUUUCAACAAAGCACACAGCAAAUACAAACAAGUCUACACUCAAAUGACCAAGAAUUUGAGAGAGGCAAGAUUUGAACACUAUUUUCUUGGGAGAGAGGAACAGUACAAGAAGCAAGCCAAACUUGUGAAAUGCAUGCAAAGACUGGCGACUUGCAUUGGUGGCUUGCGAAGUGCAGCAGCCACCCAGUUUGCACUACUCCGAGAGCUUCCUUAUGCGAAUGGUUCAAGCUUGCCAGAUUUAAAUCUCUUCUCAGACCCAUUCUUAGAUGGUGGACCGAUUACUCCUUCAAAUUCUAGGUUCGCAGUGUUGACAGCUAUCGAGGAAGCUUCUGAGGAAGGCAGUGGGGCCGAGGAUCAGCACGCAAGGAGGAAAACACCACCUAAUCCUGACAGUAAUGAGACUCCCUCAAGUUCUGCUGUGCGGACCCCACCGGAGAUUUUCUCUCGUUUUAUUACACAUCUGGGCCCUUCUACGAAGUCUUUGGCAUAUACACUAACGAAAAUCCUUGAUGAAUUACCUUUCGGACCUGGUCCAAAUUAUUGCAUCGCGAUCAACGAAAAUUUUCAAACAAGUUUAACAGAUGCAUUGUAUGUUGUUCUUUUUCACAUACGCCGACACCUUCUAACUUUGUUGUAGGAAGAUGUACAGCGGCGCUCGAGACGACGCUCUCAAGGAAUUAUACGAAUCUAAAGACAUAAGUCGUGAGCGACCUGCGAGUGUGGAAGCCGAUUUUGAAGAGGUGGCUGCAAGUUGCGGACAUUUUAGCUUUUCACUCAUAGAUUUUGCCGAAGAUAUGCAACGAUUCCUGUCAAUCCUUGAAGACCUUAAAGAAAGUACUGAAAAUCCAAAACGGUCAUGGAAUUGGCUGAAAUUUUGGCAAAAGUCAAAACCAGGCCAAGAUCAAGAAACGAAUACCGAUCCAGAACAGGAGCCUCUCAUUGAUCAGAAUGGUGAAUCCGAUGGGCCGAAAGACAAUCCAGAUUUGGUAUUAAAGAGGAGACAGCAUGGUUCAUGGAAAGUUGACCAUGAAGGAGAAGAGAGCGCCAAAAGCGGAUUAUAUCGAGUAAUAUUGAGGGUGGUUAGAUUCCUAGAACGAGACGACAGUAAGCACAAUUCUUCUCCCAAAUUUAUAACCCAUUUACUGACAUAUCUUCAGUACGUUUUGCUAUCAAAGUCGGUCUUGGGGCUGCACUGUGGUCCGUGUUUGCUUUCAUACCAGAAACAAGACCAAUUUAUCGCCACUGGAGAGGAGAAUGGGGACUCGUUUCUUUUAUGCUGGUAUGUAGUAUGACGAUUGGCGCUUCUAAUACUACGGGAUAUGCUCGAUUCGUUGGAACAUUUGUUGGAGCCAUAUCUGCCACACUGGUUUGGUCAGGUUGUCGGGGCAAUGCUUACGCUUUGGCGUUUUGUGGAUGGCUAUUCAGUAUUCCUUGCUUCUAUCUCAUCGUUGCGAGGGGAAAAGGUCCACUUGGACGCUUUACCAUUCUUACUUAUAAUUUGUCAUGUUUAUACGCGUACAGCUUGUCGGUUCGGGAGGGCGAUUAUGAUGAGGAUGAGGGUGGCGAAACACCGGCCAUCAUAGAGAUUGCCUCACAUAGAGUGGUAUCUGUUCUCACGGGAGUUCUUUGGGGAUUAUUUGUUGCGAGGGUUAUCUGGCCCAUCUCUGCUCGACAGAAAUUUAAAGAUGGUCUUUCCUUGCUUUGGUUACGAAUGGGUCUGAUUUGGAAAAGAGAUCCACUCUCUGUGUUGUUGGAAGGCGAUUCAGCCGAAUCGUACCUUAAUCUCCGAGAGGAACUCUCACUUCAGCAAUAUGGUAAGAUAGAUUUAUCUUUCUGACCGAGUCGUUGCUAACACACUUACAGUUUUACGACUUGAUGCUCUCCGACGUGCCGCAGCAAGCGAAUUUGAAUUGCGGGGACCUUUCCCAGGGAAAGCAUAUGGACGAAUCAUGGAAUCUACGUCCAAGAUGCUUGAUGCUUUCCAUGCGAUGAAUGUCCUCAUUCAGAAAGAUGUCAACCCAAGUGAAGGGGAAGUAUCACUCCUCAAAUAUACCAUAGCAGAACGCACACAACUAUGCGGUCGGAUAAGUCAUCUUUUCCAAGGUAAGAUUACAUUCAUCUUCUCCCCCUACUUUCAUCCCCACCCCACUAACCUACUCUAUGAAUACACAGUCCUCGCCAGCUCCCUCAAACUCGAAUACCCGAUGUCAGACGGCCUCCCCGACGCCGUCAACCCGCGCGACCGACUCCUCACCAAGAUCUUCCAGUACCGGAAGAUGGCCGCGAACUCCGAAGAUCCGAGUGUGGUCAUCGCCACCGAUGGGGAUUACGAGUUGCUGUAUGCGUAUGCGCUUGUGACGGGCCAGUUGGCGGAUGAGAUUGGGAAGGUGGAGAAGGAGGUUAAGGGGUUGUUUGCUGCGAUUGAUGCGGAGAGUUUGAAAUUGCAGUGA